CAGAUGGUAUGAUGUGAUUGGGGAGGAGGUAAAUGGGCCCCAAAACAAUAGGUGGUCCAAAUGAACACCAUGAUUGGGUACUAAUGGGUGGGGCUUGGGGAAAAGCCCUCCUGUGGAUGAUGAUCAUCAAAAGAAAAGGAAAUCUGGGCUUUUCUGUACUCUUAUCACACGGCCUUCAACAACAAGAAGGAGAAUCUCAAAGCAGCAAAACAAAGCAAGUGAAACAAUUCAGACCCAAAAAAAAAAAAAAAAAAAAAAAAAAGAAGUUAACCAACAAACACAGAAAACCCCAAAAAUUUCUCCUGUGUUCUAAUAGCUAUCCAUCUAAGACUUCCACGUCUUCUGUAAAUAGGGAAUGAAAUAAAAUAUUCAACAAAUAUAUAUAAAGACACUGCCCUGAUCUCAUAGCUUUUCCUGUCUUUCUUCUUUCUCCUACUGCUGUAUCACACCGUUAUUAGGACAGCGUUUGUCAGUGAGAGAAGCCCAAAGCCAAAACGCGAAUCCGAGAACUCAAAACUCAUCAUCUAUCUGAUAAAAAAGAGGCUUCCUUAAGUCUUUUUCACAUCUGGGUCGGUGUCUAAUCGCUGCCUUAGGCUAUGAGGAAGAGGGAGAGGGAGAAUCCAUGUGGGGUUUGUGGCCACUAUCACAAAUACGAAGAAGGAGAGGUCUGUGGGGUUUGUGGCCAUCGAAUGCCGGAUUUAUCUGACAAAACUUCGAUCCCAGUGAGUGCCUUUCCUUCUGCGAUCGUGCCAGAGUUUCUCUAUUUGGGUAGCUACGAUAACGCUUCGCGCUCUGAGCUUCUCAAGACUCAGGGAAUCUCUCGUGUUCUAAACACGGUUCCAGCUUGUCAAAAUCUUUACAAGAACUCUUUCACUUAUCACUACCUCCAAGAUGACAAAAUUUUGCAAUUUGAGGAUGCAAAUCAAUUUUUAGAGCAGUGUGAAAGGGACAAAGCUCGUGUUUUAGUGCACUGCAUGUCAGGGAAAAAUAGGUCGCCGGCUAUUGUAAUAGCUUAUUUGAUGAAAUCCAGAGGAUGGAGACUUGCCCAGUGUUACCAGUGGGUGAAAGAACGGAGACCAUCUGUUGAAUUAAGUGAAGCUUACUACCGGCAACUGCAGGAGUAUGAGGAGAAGAUCUUUGGAUCAGGUGGUAGUGGCAACCCAACUUUGCCAGCCUUCCCACCGGUAGUAGCUGCACCUUCGUUCAGCUUUGGAUUCCCAAGAGUUCAUGAUUCAGUUCCUAUCCCUGCAUUUAACAAUGUUGGCACGACCUCCAUUUUUUCCCGGCCUGCCCUAGAUAUUCCUCCGCUGGAGUUUACAUUUGGAGCCAGCCAGGCUCGAAAUGAUAUCUCCGGGAGUACUUUUGGUGCGAGUCCACCAAAUUCAAACACAAGUGAUAUUUCAAUGGAUAGUUCUUGAAUUUCCUGUUUUUGAAAACCCCUUUUGCGGAUCAACUGUGGAGCAAAGUAUCCUGCCUGACUCCGAUGAGUUUUAUUAAUAUCUGGAUGUAAAUUGGGAGUGACCGCUCAUACUACAGUAUAUAAGAUUUGACAGGGUGAUAAGGAUGGAUGUCUUUCUUUUCUCCAGUCUCAGUUCUUUAAGUGGAACUAUUUUUUUCAUUCACGCAUGGCCUAAUACAAAGUUAUCUUCACUACA